CACUGAGGGUGCUGGUUGUGCGUCCCACACGAACUGUGACCACGCUGGAUGCUCUGGAUGUUCGUCCUGGAUGGUGAAGCUGUGGACUGACAGCAUCGUUCUGCACUGACUGGAAAGCAGAGACUUUGCCAUGGAGCCUGGAAGACUUUGGUCCAGAUACCACAGGACUGUGUUUGUCACUAUGGUCAUGUUCACACUGGGAAUGCUGUGCACGGUGACGGCAGACAUGUGUCUUUCUUCCCCCUGCAGAAAUGGUGCCACUUGUGUUGACUACAUGACAGACUAUGGGUGUAUUUGCCCCAAAGAGCCAGUGUACAUGGGCAAGAACUGUGAUGAGCUGUAUGAUGCCUGUAUCCGGGCACCCUGUGCCAACUGCACCAGCAAACCUGGAACAGAAGAAUUCACCUGCUACUGCCCCCACGGCCUCACAGGGCCCAACUGCACCCAGGAGAUAGAUGAAUGCCAGAGCAGCCCCUGUGAAGGUGUCCGCUCCCACUGUGUCAACCAAGAGGAUGGAUACUCAUGCCACUGUCCCAUAGGACUGGGGGGUGAGAGGUGCCUGGAUAAUGUGACCACUUGUUCCCAGCAGACAUGUCAGAAUGCUGGCACUUGUGUUGAUGUCCCUGACAUUGGUUUCCAGUGCCAGUGUCCUGCAGGGUAUCAGGGCAGGAGCUGUGAGGAGAACAUUGACGAAUGCCAGUCUGAACCCUGUCAGAAUGGUGCCAUCUGUAAGGACAGAGUUGAUGGCUACCAGUGUUUCUGUGUGCCUGGAUAUCAGGGUUACCACUGUGAUCUGGACAUCAAUGAGUGUGCCUCACGUCCCUGUCAGAACAACGGCACAUGUCUGGAUGAAGUGGAUGAAUACAAGUGUGACUGUGCACAAGGCUUCAAAGGCCUUAACUGUGAGAUUGAGAUUGAUGAGUGUGAGGUGCUUCCCUGCCAGAACGGCGCCACCUGCAGAGACCACAUCGCUUUGUACACAUGUGAGUGUGUUCCCGGCUUCCAGGGCAAAGACUGUGAGGUGAACAUCAAUGAAUGUGCCAGCAUGCCGUGUCUCAACAACGGCAAAUGCAUAGACGGGAUUAAUAGCUAUGACUGUGACUGCAAUGGGACAGGCUUUGUAGGUGACCACUGUGAGGAGGACAUCCCUGAAUGUGCUUCUGACCCCUGUCAAAAUGGAGCCAUUUGUGUGGAGGGGGUCAAUCAGUAUAACUGCCUCUGCUGGCCAGGUUUUGAAGGAGAAAACUGCCAGGUGGACAUAGACGAGUGUGAACUAAAUCCCUGUGAGAACGGUGGCACGUGUUUCCAGCGCUCAGAUGUCCUGAAUUACAGAACUGUGCCUGAACUCAGCACGGUCAAUUUCAGUUUUCAAGAGGCUGCUGGCUUCAUCUGUCGCUGCCCGCCGGGAUUCAUUGGACAAAACUGUUCCAUGAACGUGAAUGAAUGUGAGUCUGGUCCAUGUCAGCAGGGCGGAAGCUGUCAAGAUUUGAUCAACUCUUAUCUGUGUUUGUGUCCCAGUGGCUUCACAGGUGUGCACUGUGAGCUGGACAUCAAUGAAUGUGACAGUGAUCCGUGCCAGAAUGGUGCCACGUGUGAAGAUGCAGUCAGCAAAUACAGGUGUCACUGUCCUGUGCCAGAGGCUGGACAGGAGCCCUGGGGUGGGCACAACUGUGAGGUCCGUCUGACUGGCUGCCGAAGACACCAAUGUCAACAUGAAGCGACCUGCGUUCCUGUGCUGACUGACGACAGAGAACACAGGUAUACAUGCUCGUGUCAGGCCGGCUGGACAGGAGAACGCUGCAACACCUCCACAACCUUUUCCUUUAACUCUGAGGGCUAUGUCCACAUCCAGCUGCCUGCGUCCGCAAACAAGUCGCAUCAUGAGAUCAGCAAUGGGUAUUACAGCUAUGGCCUCCACAUGCAGCUGCGUUUCAAAAGCACUCUGCCCAACAUGGUCCUGUACUAUCGUGGGAAACUGGAUCACUUUGUCUCAUUGGAACUAGUAGAGGGCUUCCUCCAAGCCAGGAUGAAGAUAGGGAAGCUACUGCAAGUUACCCACCCUCAACCGGUCAGUGAUGGACUAUGGUACCAGGCAACCGUGACCAUGGAUGAAAGGCUGGUUUUGGUAGUAAAGGGUCCUGGUUGUGAGGGAGAAGGGUGCAAAGUGAAGAAUGAUGGCUUCAACUAUCUUAUCUUUGCGCAGCCCAGCUCAUUUCAGCAGCUUUUUGUGGGAGGGUUACCACAGGAAUAUUUAGCCCACACAGUGAGUAAUAAGGGCUUCAUUGGCUGCAUGGAGGACCUUCAAAUUGACAAUAAAUUGUUGCUGCCUCAAGAUCUUAAAAGAGAGGAGAAUUUAGGCUUGGAACUGGGAUGCACCAAAGUAGACUGGUGUCAGGAGGACCCAUGCUCGCAACGUGGACAAUGUGUUGACAUGUGGAUUCGGGCCGGCUGUCAGUGUGUCCGACCCUACUAUGGGGAGCACUGUGAGAAUGAGUAUCCAUCAUGGACCUUUGGAUCUGAGAACACCACCAGCUAUGCUGCCGUUGAUAUUUUGGAGGGUCACAAAGACAACUUCACCAUCUCCUUUUUAAUGCGAUCCCUUAAACACAAUGGUCUGCUACUGCAGUUCCAUCGGGGAAAAAAAUCUUAUCUUACGAUUUACCUGAAGGAAGGCACUGUGGCUGUCUACAGCCCCUACACCACACUGCUGUCAGAAGCUAUGUCUGUCACUGAUGGCCACUAUAAUUUAGUGACUAUCAAGAUAAACUAUGGCCAUGUAGUCUUCCCCAAAGCAGGACAUCAUCGCGCCUUAGGGAAUGUGAGUGUAGAGGCCGGGGAUGUGGCAUAUAUUGGCGGGCUCCCUGCAGGGAACAGUGUGUAUUCCUGGGGUGGAAACUUCAAGGGCUGCCUGCAGGACAUUCGACUGGACCACAAACAUCUUACAACCAAGGAACUACCAGAGGAGGUGGAGGUUUAUCACAUGCGUUUGUCCCGUAAUGUGCUUGUUGGAUGCCACAGUGAUGACACAUGCAAGGUUGAUCCCUGUUUCAACGGUGGGCAAUGUGUGGUCACCUGGAAUGAUUUCAGAUGUGACUGUCCUGUUAACUUCUCUGGCAGGCUCUGUGAGACUCGUGUGUGGUGUGUCGACAACCCCUGUUUUGACAGAGCGCAGUGUGUGGACCUGCAGCACGGCUAUGAGUGUCUAACUGAAGCCACUUUCCAGGAUAAUGCUCUCCAGUUCGUUGCAAACAGUUCCAUACUCAGCCCUGUGACCAACAUUACCAUGGAUCUGAGAACACGUGAUGAGAAUGGUGUGUUGUUACGAGCUACCAACAGAAUGGAAGUCUUCUGUUUGGGUCUCCUCAACUCUACCCUACUGGUCAAACUUCGCAGUGGACUGGGUCCUGAGUUGGUUGCUUUCACAAGUGACAAAACCAUUGCUGAUGGGGCGUGGCACCACAUCCAGCUGACUAUGGUUGACCCCAUGCAGGCAGUCUCUCGCUGGAUCCUUACUGUAGAUGGAAAGAGGGUGGGAUGUAGCUUGACUGUUGGUGGUAAUCUCAACUUCCUCAAUGAGACCAAGGUCUGGCUGGCUGAGAACUUCACUGGAUGUUUGGGUGAUGUGAGGGUGGGUGGGGUCUACCUUCCACUUAUAAAUGUUAGAGACCCCCCUCAGUUGACCCAUUUCUCUAGAAUAGGUGGUCAUGAGCCAAUCAUAGGAUGUCAUGGAGCCCCAGUUUGUGAAUCCCAGCCAUGCCUCAAUCAAGGUGUGUGUCAGGACCAGUACAAUGAGUUCAACUGCAGCUGCAGCCCAGGAUGGGAGGGUGAGGUGUGUCAGACUGAGAUAAAUGAAUGCUUACCAGAUCCGUGUGUGUAUGGCACUUGUACUGACCAACUGGCAGACUACCAGUGUGACUGCCAGCCUGGUUACACGGGGAAAGACUGCCAAGAUGAGGUGGACAACUGUCUGGAAUUCAGCUGUGUCAAUGGAGGAACCUGCCUGGAACUGACUGGAAUUCACACAUGUUUGUGUCCUCCCAACUACAUCGGUAAACGCUGCCAGUGGCGCUUCCCUCCUGUAGCAUGUGAUGCGUACACAGAGUGCCUGAAUGGAGGCGUCUGCGUGGGAGAUGAACUGGGGGGCAACUGCACCUGUAAACCGGGAUACAUUGGAACCAGGUGUGAGACAGAAAUAGACGAGUGUGUGUCCAGCCCGUGUCUGAAUGGCGCCACCUGUUUGGACAGAUUCAACCACUUUCAGUGUGUGUGUGUGCGAGGCUUCAGCGGGAAGUUGUGUGACCACAGUAAAGAGGAGCCUCUGGAGGGCGUGGCCUGGCUGGCGGUGACCAUCCCCUUGGCCACCCUGUGUGUCUUACUGGCCAUCCUGGCUGUGUUUUUCCUCGUCAUGACAGCGCGUAAGAAGCGGCAGUCGGAGGGAACCUACAGCCCCAGUUCACAGGAAGUGGCCGGUGCCAGGCUGGAGAUGGGCAGUGUUCUCAAGGUGCCUCCUGAGGAGAGGCUGAUCUGAGGCCUGCUACCUCACCUCACCACAUCCAGCUGAAAAACAGCAUGAUGCAAACCUACGAGCGAAGGAUUAGUGCCAACCCGGGACAGUGACCAAAGCCUUCCUGAGGUUCAGUGAGGUCACUGAUGUCUGACACUGGAGGUCAGUCUGAGGCCAUGUUUGAACAGGACUUAAGUUAUGGACAUCAUGAAGCACUGGUCCAGUCCCAGUGUCGCCAAGCCCUGACCCUGAACCCUAACCCCUGAACCCUCACAGACAUAAAAGGUGUCCCCUGGAAAAUGAGUGCAAGAGGUUAGAGGGGUUCAACGUGGUAUAAAUAGGAAUGGAACACAUCAUGUUACCUCAACACUGACAUGUUGCUUCCUAUUAUGCACUAAAAAAUAUUUUACCCUACUUAUAAGAUUUAUGCAU